AUGGAGGAAGAGGACAGUUCAUUUAAGCUCUGUGUUCCAGGCAUUGUCAUCUUCCAGCCAACACUGCGUAAGACUUUCAGGGUCACAGGUACAGUGGGCUUUGUGAAGUCAGAGUUAAAGAAGCUUCUAGCCGUGCAGCAAGAGUCCCGCCUCUGGAAGAUAGGCAGCCAGGAGGGCUGUAAGCUGCUUACCCAGUUGGACGUCACCCUGGAGGAGCACCUGCUUCUUGAGGAGAUGGACGAGGUGGGAAACUGA